GCGUCGGCCUUUGCUGAAAGCCAGAAAAGUCAUUAGUGCUUGGAUUCUAAGUUCCUCUCCCCCUUUCCAUGUGAUGGGCGUUGCCCUACUUUGAAAAAAAAAAAAAGAAAGCAAGAAAAGUCAUUCUUUGCAUAUUGUUUCCUACCAAAAGAGGACGAGAACACGGAAAAAACGCAAGAAAAUAAAUCAAACCCAAAAAGAUCAUAAAAAUGGACUAAGUCAUUAGAAUUGGAAGUCUGCUUCUCCUGCUUCUAAAGACUUGUACAAUUCUACCUUCUCUGCAAGGUAAUUUACAAAGUCGUGAGAAUUGGAAAGCUAAUGUUCUCAAUGUUGGGUGUAUAUAUAUAAGAAAAUUGUAAAAGCACAAGCACAAGCUUUUGUUCAAGCAGGCAAUGGCUAGUUCUUCUAAAGUUUUCCCAUUUUUAGGAGUUUGUUUUCUUCUAUUGCUCCCCUCCAUUAUUCAAUCAAAGCCUUUAAAGAAUCCAUUUGGGUUCAUCCAACAUCUUGAGGGAUGCCAUAAGGGUCAAACUGUUAAAGGGCUCCAAGAUCUCAAACGAUAUCUUGAGAAAUUUGGUUACUUGAAUUAUGAUCAGGUAAUCAACAAAGGCAAGAAGAAUCAUGCAACUGACGAUCAGUUCGAUGACUUGUUGGAGUCUGCUAUCAAAACGUACCAGCGGAGGCAUCAUUUGAAAGCUACCGGAGGUCUAGACGCUAAAACGGUGAAUCAAAUGAUGAAGCCUAGAUGUGGUGUGCCAGACAUCGUCAAUGGCACCAGUCGCCAGCAUAAUCGCAAGUCUAUGUCUAUCCACACAGUUGGUCGCUAUCGAUUUUUCCCUGGAAGUCCUAGAUGGCCACCAACCCAAACUCAUUUAAGAUACCGUUUUCUUUCUGGUGUUCAAGUCCCUGGCACAGAGAACUUAAGGUCUAUUUGCGCUCAGGCUUUCCAGAGAUGGGCUCAAGUUAGCCAUUUUACAUUCGAGGAAGUGACAGAUAAUGCUGUUGCUGAGAUUGAGAUUGGGUUCCACGGUACUCAAGGACGAGAUGGAAAUGAUCGUGGAUUUGAUGGUCCUUUGGGGACCGUGGCUCAUGCAACUUCACCACCAGGGGGAAGAUUCCACUAUGAUGUAGAUGAGAAUUGGAGUAGCAAUCCAGGACCUUCAGAAGUGGACUUGGAAUCGAUUGCAGUGCAUGAAAUUGGACACCUUCUGGGGCUUCAUCACAGUGAAGUUCCUGAGGCUAUCAUGUUUGAUACUUACGAAGUUGGGACUACAAAGAGAGAUUUACAUGCAGAUGAUAUUCAAGGCAUCCGUACUUUAUAUGGGUUACAGUGAGUUAGUGACUCAGGAACAUUGAUGCAACCGGCGGUCCUCAUCAACAAUCUAUUGAGAGCAAGAAAAUGAGGACUGAUGGAAAUCCCCAUUUUCUUGGAAACAAACAAUUAUUAAUUACCUAUUUCUCUUUUAAUCCAUUCCUAUAAUAUAUACAAUAAUA